UGAAGCACAAGCAAUAUAUCUAUUUAAGUGUUCGACAAGCAGAAUAUUUCCUCUUAUCCUAUGUUUACGAACUACAAAUGUAUUAAUCCUUGGUUUCAUCGAAGCGUAUAGGGUGAAAAUACCAAGUCAGACACAGCCGGCCAUAACAUUCUUAGUUUGUAAGGUCUUUAAAAUGAUAUCUACCUCCCUCAUUUCCACUCCUUACCUUCUAUCACUAUCUAAUAGAGAAGAGGAUGAAACAUCAUUUCUGCAUUGCACAACUUGUAGUUGCAGGCUAUGCUGAAGCUCUUUACUCACUCGUUAGGCCGAGCGGAGUCGGCGUCGGAUCGAGAUCACAAAAAAAGCAAGAGCCAGGUCAAGAAGAAAGGAAACCACAAGAGUCAGGUGAAGAGAGGGACUAAGGCUAAGGUGUCCCCUGACGUAAGCCUGACAUCAAAUGAUUUUGUUGUGAGGAUUGUUCAUAAAGGUGGACAACAAGAGGUGUAUCAACGUGCACUCCCUGCAUCAAAGUUGAUGAGAAAGUACCCGGGAAUGUGCGUCGCAUCGCCGCAAGUCUUCAAGGAUCCUCAUCAAUCGGUGUUGGGGCCGGACCAAGUGUUGCUUCUUGGUCACAAGUACAUCAUGAUAUCGCCACGAGAUGUCCACAAGCUGAAGCGCAAACACGCUCAGCAAGGCGAAGACGAAGAGAAUAAUGGACCGGCGAUGCAAGAGCUAUCGCCGGCAGAAGAAGUUACCAGAUAUUUUCCCUGUGGACACCAAACUAGAGAGAGUAGUAAUAAAGCUUCUAAUGAAGCAAAUGGAGCACAAGGCCAAGAGAUGGUGGAAACAAAGAAAAGUUUAUCUCCACAUGGAGGAAUAGAGGAACUUCAAGGUGGAGGGCCUGCACAAGAACCUCAUGGCUAUGCAAAGCCAUACUUCUCAAGUCCCAAGGAUAAGUCUAUAAAACAUACAAGAAGACGAAAAGGAAUAAAGAACAAGCCUUUUGUGCCACCUCUUCCAAAGAACAGAGUAUAUAGGGUCUUUGAUUGGCAACCAAGGCUUCCCACUAUACAAGAGCUCUCUCCAUGAUAUUUUCAUAGCUAAUUUUCUUUGUAUUCACUUUUCCUUGAGCGUGAGUUAGUUAGCUCAUGUCCAAAAAGAAAUGGGAGUACAAGUAUCAUUUCUUUAUGCAGACUUAGCCAUUUUUAGUGUAGUUCGUUUGUGCGUGCAAGGGAUCUUUGGUAGAUAAAUGAGGUAUGAUUUUUUGUAUUUUCUGUUUUAUUAUUUUUUUUUUUCAACUGUUGUUUGUGUUUAUCUUUUGAGUAAACACUACUUAUGUGUAUUACACUUGACAGAUUAGUACUGAUGGUUAGUGUUUAGAAAAAUAAUGGCAGUUUAGAACUUUUACUUCCAUGAAAUUUUGUUAGAAUGAUACAUAUAACAUUAUUCCUAACAUGCAU